AUGAGUGGUUUUGAAUCUUCAAAAAUUAAAGCUAAUGAAAUAGCAGAUGUCGUGAAUAUUCAUAAAAAAUUUAAAAAGAAGCGUUUUAGAAGGACAAAAAAACAAUUUGAGUAUGAGAAUUCUGAUGAAAUAAAUGAUGACGCAGAAAACAAUUUCAGAAUAUUUUAUUUUAAUGUCAUUGCCGAUGGAGCUAUAUUAUCAUUUAGUGAACGAUUUAAUCAAUUUAAAAUUUAUAGCGACAAUUUCAGUUUUCUAUACAAUAUUGGUGAGCUCCAAAAAAUAACUAAUGACGACCUUAUGAAGAGUUGCUUAGAUUUACAAAAUUAUCUAAGUGACGGAGAAUUAUAUGAUAUAGUUGCUUCUGAAUUGUAUGAAGAGUUACUAGUUUUUCGUCAUACAAUGAAAGAAGAUUCUACGCCAAUAGAAGCACUCAGUUUUUUAAAAACAAUGCCUGGUGCUUUUACAGCUUUUCCUAACAUAGUAAUUUCACUCCGAAUUUUGUUAACCAUACCAAUCACCUCAGCGUCAGCAGAAAGGAGUUUCUCAAAGCUCAAAAUAAUCAAAAAUUACCUAAGAAACACAAUGUCUCAAAAACGAGUGACUGAAUUGGCUACUAUUGCAAUUGAAAAUGAAACAGCAAAUACAUUGAAUUUUAAGGACGUCAUAGAGUUGUUUGCGUCCAAAAAAUCAAGAAAAAAAUUUUAA